GGCAUUUAUGAUAUUCAUAACGACUGUGGGAUUAAUAAAUGCUUUACCAGCGCUUGUACCAGAGAUUCAUGUGGUUUCUCCAGGACCAGGACCCUGGGCUAUUGGAAGUCAACAAACCAUUAGUUGGUGGGCAUCUGGGAUUCUUGGAAAUCCUUAUGUAACUGCCGCGGUUUACAAGGUUGGAAAUGAUACGCCUUUGAUUGCAAAUAACAAACCUUUGAAUACCGGAACAUCCCAAUUCUCAAUAUCCGGUCCAGGCUGGUCACUGAAGUCAACCUAUUACACACAAAUUUGUCUCAUUAGAAUUUCUUUUCCAUUAUGUACAAAUGGAACUACUUUUCGUAUAACUAAACGUCGAUAUUCAGUGUUUGGGUUGAAAAAUAAUGUUGAAGUUAGCUCUCCAGAUGCAGUAUUUGAAAAACGUUUCAUUCGUCGUCAAGGCCCCUCAAGCCCUACUUCAGAUACUUCUUCUCCAUCAGAAACAGGUGGAACAGGUACAUCAGGAGGACCACCAAGUCGUUCAUCAAAUUGGAGAGAGCAGAUAAGUAAUGAAGUGGAUGAAAUCUUUGGUCAAAGCAGUAGAGGUCCUGAAGGUCCUCAGCCUACUAGAGGUCCUGGAGGUCCUCAAUCUCAAGGCAGUGGAGGUUCUGGAGGAGGUCCUGACAGUUCUCAAUCUCAAGGCAGUGGAGGUUCUGGAGGAGGUCCUGACAGUUCUCAAGGCAGUGGACGUCCUCAAUCUCAAGGCAGUGGAGGUUCUGGAGGAGGUCCUGACAGUUCUCAAGGCAGUGGAGGUUCUGGCAGUGGAGGUUCUGGAGGAGGUCCUGACAGUUCUCAAGGCAGUGGAGGUCCCGGAGGUUCUGGAGGUUCUGGAGGUCCUCAACCUCAAACUAGUGGGAGUCCUGAUGCUUCUCAAGGCAGUGGAGGUCCCGGAGGUUCUGGAGGUUCUCAACCUCAAACUAGUGGGAGUCCUGAUGCUUCUCAAGGCAGUGGAGGUCCCGGAGGUUCUGGAGGUUCUGGAGGUCCUCAACCUCAAACUAGUGGGA